UUGAGUAAAUUUUCCUGUGAAUUGAGAAAACAAACAUGGAGAACAAAGAAGAAGAUGUAAGAUUAGGAGCAAACAAAUAUUCAGAGAGGCAAGCGAUUGGGACGGCAGUGCAGAGUGACAAGGAUUAUACGGAGCCACCACCAGUGCCACCGUUUGAGGCAGGAGAAUUGAUGUCUUGGUCAUUCUAUCGUGCUGGAAUUGCUGAGUUCAUGGCCACUUUCCUCUUCCUUUACAUCACUAUCUUAACAGUGAUGGGUGUUUCAAAGUCUGAGCCCAAAUGCUCCACUGUUGGUAUUCAAGGCAUUGCUUGGGCUUUUGUGGGCAUGAUCUUUGCACUUGUCUACUGUACUGCUGGCAUUUCUGGAGGACACAUAAAUCCAGCAGUGACCUUUGGACUGUUCUUGGAAAGGAAACUGUCGUUGACAAGGGAAGUGUUCUAUGUGGUGAUGCAGUGUCUUGGUGCUAGGGAUUCACAUGUCCCUCUUUUGGCACCAUUGCCUAUUGGAUUUGCUGUGUUCCUGUUCAUGCUUGCAGAUGCUGUUCAGAUGCUUUUGCUUUUCACUUAUUCAAUUGUGCAUGUGCCAUCAGAUUCAGAUCAGCCAUGUGCAGUUGUGCACUGUUAUAUAUCGGAAAACAAAACCCUUGAAACUACUGCUCCGUUCUCCCCAUCAUCUGUUGUUCCUACCUGUAAAAUCCUAAGUGGAGAAAAAGGUCAAAAUACUGAGUUCACAAAGGGUUAUACCAUCGCUGCCACCGAUUCCAUGGUUGUUAAAGCACCAGUUGAGGAAGAGAAGAGUGUUGUAACUGUGUUUCUAGUAUCCGCUGAUGGGAUAUUGCAUGAAAUUACUUUCCAAAAAAAUGAGUCACACGGUGUGAAGGAAGAAGGUGCCAUUAUGGCUGUUGAAGGGGAUGCAGUAGCAGAUACUACUGGGGCAUCACAUGAGGAACCUGAUCCUUCUCUGGAGGACCCAGAUUAG